GAAGGAGGAAAUAAUAUUAAAAACCACAGUCUCUCUCAGUCCAACGCAACAGCCUGCUCGCCAAUAAUACUCUGGAGGGUGAGUUCUGUUCAAAGAAAGCAGUAACAUUAGUAUUGAGGACUGCCUCAACACUACAGAAAGAGAGGGCGCUGAUUCUGAGGGGGGAUGGGAGGAGGGAGGUUCUGAGGGGAGAGGCGAGGGAGGUUGUGAGGGGGGAUGGGAUGAGGGAGGUUCUGAGGGGAGAAGGGAGGAAGGAGUUUGUCCUCCACUUCCAGCUGGAGCCAGACGCCUCCUGGAAAUUGUAA